UUUUCAGAUCCAGAAUGUUAUCUGGUUUCCCCGGGCUCGGUGAAGGGAGUGAGGUGGAAGAUGAGGGGAUGGAUAUGAGUAAGAUGGUUCAGGAAAUGAACAGGAAGAAGAAGAAAAGUGGAGGGUUUCAGGCUAUGGGUCUAUCCCAAGAAGUGUUCCGAGGUGUGAUGAAGAAAGGAUACAAGGUUCCCACCCCGAUCCAGAGAAAAACAAUUCCUCUCAUCCUGGACGGAAAAGAUGUUGUUGCCAUGGCAAGGACGGGUUCCGGGAAAACCGCUUGCUUCCUGCUCCCCUUGUUUGAGAAACUAAAAUGUAGAUCAGCCAAGAGCGGAGCUAGAGCUCUUAUUUUCUCUCCAACCAGAGAACUUGCUCUUCAAACUCUAAGGUUUGCCAAGGAACUAGGCAGGUUUACAGGACUAAAAUUUGAAAGUGUUCUCGGAGGAGAUGCCAUGGAGAAACAGUUUGCUGCUCUUCAUGAGAACCCUGAUGUUAUAUUUGCAACCCCGGGUAGAUUUGUUCAUCUCUGUCUUGAGAUGGGACUCAAGCUCAACUCUGUCGAGUACAUCGUCUUCGACGAGGCAGAUCGUCUAUUCGAGAUGGGGUUCGGAGAACAACUUAGAGAAAUCCUUGCUCGUCUCCCGGACUCAAGACAAACCGUUCUCUUCUCAGCGACCCUUCCUAAGCUCUUGGUGGACUUUGCCAAGGCUGGGUUAGCUGACCCAACCCUGAUCAGGUUGGAUGUUGAAUCCAAGAUCCCGGAUACUCUCAAGCUAGCUUUCUUCAAUUGUAGAGCGGAUGCUAAGGAUGCUUGUCUUCUAUAUUUACUAAAGGAAGUUAUCCCUGCUGGUCAACAAACUGUUAUAUUCACGGCAACUCGGCACCAUGUUGAAUAUCUGCAGGUUCUCCUGGAGUUGGCCGAGAUACCCGCCACUUACAUCUACAGCAACCUCGACCCUGCCGCCAGGAAGAUUAACGCGGCAAAGUUUUCGAGCAAGAAGUUACCUGUUCUGGUCGUAACUGAUCUAGCGGCACGUGGUAUUGAUAUCCCACUUCUGGAUAACGUGAUAAAUUACCAUUUUCCCGCCAAAAGUAAACUAUUUAUCCACAGGGUCGGACGAGUUGCCCGUGCUGGACGAACAGGAACUGCUUACUCUCUCGUCGCGACAGACGAGACCGCAUAUUUUAUAGAUUUACAGCUGUUCUUGGGCGGUUCUCCGGAGAUAAUCCCUUUAAACCCCGAUCCUGAACUUGAAUGGCACAGAAUGAUCGGCCGUGUGCCACAAAUCGUUAAUGACGAGUUCUCUGAUAUGCUUAACGCCUGGCACGCCGACAACGUCGAUCUGCAGAGCGCAAAGCAGAUCUCGGAGAACGGUUACAAGCAGUACUUGAAGUGCAGGCAAGGAGCUAGUGUUGAGAGUGUGAAGAGAACAAAAGAAUUAAAAAUUCAACAAAUGGGAGAUCAUCCUCUGCUCACUAAAACCAUCUCAACUAAUGACAAGAAAAGAUCAAACAUUCUCGAAGAAAUGAAGAAAUUUCGUCCAAGAUCGACGAUUUUUGAGAUCGGAAACACGAACAAGAAUAAAGAAAUCGUCGAUAUCAUGAAUACCAAGAGAAAGAUGCACGCUAAUAUCAUAGAUCAGACAGCCAAGCGCCGUAAGAUGGUUAACCAGGAGGUUCUUCAGGUUGCUCCGUCCAACCUUCAGAGUAGUACCGAGGACGAUAUCCUUAACACCUUCGACACGGUGGUGAAUUCGAGCUGGAACAAGACCAAGGUGUUCAGGGAGAAGAAGCAGAAACCCCGUGGGAAGGAUGAGAAUUAUAUUCCCUAUGAAGCUUCAGAUAAACAUACUGAGUCAGGGUAUACUCUCAAUACUGGGUUCGACUCACAGGCUAAUGGAGCUGUGCUGGACCUAACAGGAGACGAAGAUGUUCACAUGAGACGGAAGAAAGGAAUGAUGAAGUGGGAUGCAAAAUCUAAGAAGUAUGUGAGAGUUCAGGAUGACAAGAAGAGGAUUAAAACGGAGAGUGGAGUAUACAUUUCAGCAACUUAUAAAACUAACA